GUCAUGGAUGGAGCGGCUGAAAACAAUCGCCUUGAAGUCGUUAAAUGGCUACAUCGUCAUCGAACAGAAGGCUGCACAACCGCUGCGAUGGAUCAUGCAGCGAAGAAUGGGCACUUGGAAAUGUUACGCUGGCUUUGUGAGAAUCGAACGGAAGGUUGCACAGCAAGUGCAAUGGAUGGCGCAGCACGAAGGGGCCAUCUUGAUGUUGUCAAGUGGUUGCAUCAUAACCGCUCGGAGGGGUGCACUGCUGCUGCGAUGGACGGUGCUGCUACUUGUGGAGCUCUGGAUGUUGUAAAGUGGCUGCAUCAAACCCGAACCGAAGGCUGUACCUCAGCAGCAAUGGAUCGAGCCGCGAGUGGCGGACACGUAGCUUUUAUCAGGUGGCUAGACGAGCACCGAACUGAAGGCUGCACGGGUGCAGCCAUGAGCAACGCUGCCGCGGAGGGUAGAUUCGAGGUUAUGCUACUGCUG